CUAAUGGAUCUCCUUCAUAGCAAUGGAGUGCUCAUAAUUCAGCAUUUGCAGAAGGAUUACAGGUCUUACCAGAGCUUCCUAAAUUUCAUGUCACAUGUUGGAGAUCCACGAAACAUUUUUUCAGUUUAUUUUCCUCUCUGGUUCCAGCUUAAUCGAGUGGUUGGGACAAAAAUGAUAUGGGUGGCAGUGAUCGGUGAUUGGUUCAACCUUAUAUUUAAAUGGAUUUUAUUUGGUCAUCGUCCAUACUGGUGGGUUCAAGAAACACUGAUCUAUCCUAACCAAACAGGCCCAUGUCUUGAGCAAUUUCCUAUAACAUGUGAAACAGGACCAGGAAGCCCCUCUGGACAUGCCAUGGGAUCUUCGGGUGUCUGGUAUGUAAUGGUGUCGGCAGCCCUCAGCCAGUCCAUGAGACAGAAAGAAAAAUCAGCCAUUACUCUGCAUAGACUCAGCUGGUCCUUCCUGUGGAGUGUGUUCUGGAUUAUUCAGAUCAGUGUGUGUGUGUCAAGAGUAUUCAUAGCAACACAUUUCCCACACCAAGUUAUCCUUGGAGUAAUUGCUGGCAUUAUUGUUGCAGAAGCAUUUGAACAUACCUCGACCAUUCACACAGCAAGACUAAGAACAUACAUCAAGACAAUCAUGGUUCUCUUCAUUUCUGCUCUUGGCUUUUACCUGACUCUCAAACUUAUUGAUAUUGAUCUUCUGUGGUCUGUUCCAAAGGCAAAGAAAUGGUGUGCCAACCCAGAGUGGAUCAAUAUUGACACAACCCCAUUUGCUGGACUGGUGAGAAAUUUAGGUGCCCUCUUUGGGCUAGGUCUCAGCAUUAAUUCUGAAAUGUUCAUCAUGAGCUGCAAAGGUAAACAUGGCUCUAAGGCCAGUUUCAGGAUAUCAUGCAUAGCUGCUUCCUUAGUGACACUGCAAUUGUAUGAGUCCAUCAAGAUACCUACUCACACUGAGUAUUUGUUUUAUCUAUUUUCUUUCUGUAAAAGUGCAGCCAUACCACUAACUGUAGUGGCUUUGGUCCCAUAUUGUAUGCACUUGCUAAUGAAGCCAACAGAAAAAAAGCUUCCGUAA